GCGCGCUCCAUUGACACGUCGAGAAGCCGCCCGCCAGGACCCGAUGGACGACAUCAUCCCCGUGUACGUCGGUAUUGCCGCCGGCGUGGGCAUCGUCUUGCUGUGCAUGUGCAGUCGCAUGACUCGCAACACGUGGCACAUCGACACGGCGCUGGUCGAGGCGUUUCUUGCAGAAGACAAUCUUCACCACUUGGAGCACACGCUACAGCGCCACGACAUCGAAGAAUUGUUGCGCGAGGUUGAGCGGUGGGAGUGCUCUGUAUGUGGAUUUCUGAACGUGGUGCCGCAGCCCGCAUGCUCCCUGUGCCACACAAAGCAUGGGGUCAAGUUGAUCGAGCCAUUUCAACACGACGUUGUGCAAAGCCACCUGGGGACGAACAGCAGCUACGUCGGAAGCGCGUUGUUCAAGUACUCGGCGCUGUCCUCUAGCUUGCAUGCGGCUUGGGCGUCGCCAAUAACAUCGGUUCGAGGGGUGAAGUCGUCGAUGCAAAGAGCCACGAUCUCGUCGACGAGUGGGAAAGUCUCGUCGCUGAAAAGAAUGACCGCAUCGCGCAUCCUGCACUGGACAUCUCUACUGCAUCACGCACUCCUCCCAGAGGACUUGAACCAUCACCAGCGAAGUGCUCGGAUGCGACGGCAGUGGCGCCGUAAGAUGGACCCUCGCAACUAUCAAGUUGUGUGGGUGCGUCAGUUUACCGACCAUGACGAUUUUUCCGUUGCCUACGUCAUUCAGCUCGUACGUCAGUUGGCAUCGCUUCCGAAGCGGGUCCAUGCCGUGGUGGCAUCCCUGUAUACAUUCUACGCUUCGUCGGUGGAAUGCAUCGGCUGGCUACGAUCGAGCGGACCCCACUGCACGUUUCCUGCGCCUUGGACCACCGUCCUCGGCGUAGCUUUUACGACAACUGACAUGAACAUGCUGUAGAAUCCCCCCGACAGUGUCAAGGGAUGCUUUGAGAUCGACGUCGCGGACACAAGGGUCGACUUUGAGCUGCAUGCCAUCGUAUCGAGUAACGUGGGCGACGCCAGCUCGCCUCCACGAGACACGGAUGACCAAAAGAUUGCGUGGACUCCACUCGAGCUCGUGGAUGGCAACUACACGGUGAUGGGGACAAAGCUGGCGGACCCGCUGUGGCGAGCGCUGCUGAGCGUGUCCGAGAUGAAGUUUACAUGCAAGUAUGCCUGGUUUCUGGAACAAGCCGCGUCGCUCGUCGUUCCGUACGAAGUCAAGUACGUGCUCCAGCGACUUUGUCGGGAUGCCAUACAACGUGACGACCUUGGCCGGUUUGACAGGCAUUCUCUGUUCCGCACGCCGCGGUCAGCGGUGCUGGAGGAAGCUGUCCGACGGCUGAACCAUAUGCACAGCACGUCCUUGUGUGCUAUCCUCCGCAUCCACUUUACAGGUGAAAGCGGGCACGACGCCGGCGCCGUUCUCCGUGAAUGGUAACAAUGCGAGCACCUACUCGACGGCAAGCGCUGGCUCCUGACACGAGCGUCAGCGAUGCAUGUGGACA